CCCGGCUCUGUUCGAGCGCCGGCCCCAGUCCCGGCUCCGGCGGCACCGAUCCGCGGCCCCCAGCAUGCGGCGGCUGUUCUGCGCGCUGGUGCUGCUGCUGCUGCAGCUCGGCCACGGUCGCUCCCCGGCCGCAGAGUUAUAUAGCCUGGAAAUUACCAACAAUGGUCCCAUCACAACAGGAGCCCAAGCUACUGUUCAGGCCAGGCUAAGAAUGAAGAAUGAAAAUGACACAUCAAACUUGUAUCACUUUAACUGGAUUUAUGCCCCUCUGAUCCUGAUAGAGAAAUCCGAGCAGCGGUUAAAUUCUGUAAUUAACGUGACCGGUGAAUUUCCUGGCGCUUUCCCUGUGUCUGUCUGGGUGACUCACAAAAACUGUUGGUUGUGUCGGCCGGUUGUGAGAAACAUCACCGUGCUCCAGAUCACAGAAUUUAUCACUGGGAACCUCACCAUUGCCCAGAUAGAGGACAGCAGAGUUACCACACAUGGUUCUGGUUCCUCCAUGGACACAAUGACCAGGAUUUCUUUCUCUCUUCAUGACCCAAGUCAUUACUUCAAGUCAGCAUCGUUUGUCUACAACUGGGAUUUUGGAGAUGGAGUUUACCAGAUUACCAAGGAACCCUUUGUCUACUGCAACUGCUCCUCCAUGGGGAAUCGCACAGUGCAUCUGAAGGUUGUCGCUGAAUGGGAGCAGAUUGGAAGCAUCAUACAUGAAAAAGAAAUUAUGCAGAAAACUGGUGAUUUUACCACAGCGCUGGAGCUCUUGGAUGCUGUUAAAAGUAUUAACAUAGUGGGCUCCAGAGAGACUCACGUAAUGGAAAACUUGAAUUUAUCUCUUCAUAUCAAUGGCACCCCACCACUGGCGUUGUGCUGGCUUAUAAAAUCCGAGUGCAUCCCACUCGAAGGUGACAAAUGCCAUCUGGUGGAGAUCAGUGGCUCCUGCUACAACCUCAGCCACACCUUCAGGGACGCGGGGCAGUACUGCCUGAGUGUCCGGGUGGAGAACGGCGUGACGGUGCUGCAGACCUACCACGGGAUCAAGGUGCGGCCAGCAGGAAUCCACCCAGCUUUCUUUGUCCUACUCUGCACUGCUCUGGUUUCAGUGAUGCUGGUACUGGUGCUGUACACGACUUUUCGAAGUAACACACAACAAAAAGAUCUCGUGGAGGUAGCUGACUUUGACUUUUCUCCACUGUCUGAUGAACACCAGUCUCACCAUUCCAAGUCAGGCUGUGGCCCAGCAUGUUGCAGAUCCUGUUUUCUUCAACCAUCAAAAGAAGCUGCCUGGGAGAGUCAUGAACUUCUACAUUCACUUUACAAGCCAGUCAAAAUGUACACACUGUGAAGAACACAAUUGCACUUUGGUUGCACUAACUUCCUCACUUAGGCUAAGUCAAAAACCUGGUGCUGCAUGAAAGGUUUGGUUUUACCAAUGCAAUGAGGUUCACCACUUUAAGCCCAGCACUUGAGUACUUCGUUCUCUGAACUUAAAAAGAACAAGAAACACAGUAAAAGUCACUUUGUAUUUUUAUCUUAUACGGGUGUGUACAUUUACAGCUGUAAAUGCAGCAUUUUAUUAUUAUGAAAGAUUGUUUUAUGUGCAGGUUUGCUAAAUUCACUACCUCUUGUAAUUUCUCUCUUCCUUCUGCUGUCUGUUUCAAAGAAGAAAAUGCCUAAGACAAACAUACCUCCAUUCCUAUGUACAAUAAUAUUACUGGAAAUGGAAGUCACCCAAAAUCCUUUUGAAUGUGUCUUUUUUCUGCCAAGGAACUGAUGUGUCCACGCUGAAAACAGAGGAGGUGUUUCCAAUGAACCAGACUAUUUAAUUAUGUUGUCCUUUUUCCUGUCCUAAAAAACCCCUUUUUAAGCUAAUGGACUUCUGUCAGACUGCAGUAAUGGUGACACACUCUCCUGCUAGCAGUAUUUUGGUCCUGCAGAAACAUCCACAUGUCCAUCACUUUCUAAAAUAGACCACCACUCUAACCUGUAUAAAUAUCUUUUUAUUUUUAGGCUAUUCAUGCUUCUUUUUUAUCUCAUAUUGCUCCCCAACUUGCCAUCAAACGUCCUCUUCCAAAAAAUGCAACAACCAGUAGCUGAAAGCUAUUCAGCAAAAUGUAUUUAAUUGAAAUUCUUAAUCAAUGUUCAAGAUUGUAUAAACUCCAUGCCUGUUGCAGACUAUCAUCUACUAUCAGCUUCCUGCUCAGCCAGGCUUUGCCUGCUGGCAUUUCAGAGUACCCUGGAGGCUUUUAAACAGAAGUACCUUUGUGUCCACUUCUUUUUUUAAAUGUGACACACCCUCUCCACCUCUGCUUAAAGCAUAUGGGUGUCGUGGACUUGGAGUUUUUCACAGUUUCUCAAAUGACUGGAAGGUAAUUGUCUGUGAGGGGAUUUACCAUGAGGUUUUGAGGGUAGUCUUCUCACAUGUUUAACUUCUAUGUUUCCUAAGAGGAGCCCAGAGCUUCAGUUCUUCUGUGAAAGAAAUUACAUGACCCUUAAUUAACUUGAUACGUUUAAAAUAGAAUAAGAUCAUCUAAGAUAACAAAUCCUAUAACCCAAGUUUUUGUCUAAAGGUCCCUUCCAAAGCAGAAUGUCUUUCAGCUUUCCUUCCAAAGAGAAAUGUUAUUUCUAAGCAAGCUUCUUGAUCAGGAGUGGUGUUCUUUGUAUUCUUUCUCAGUGCUCUGGUAUCAAACUCUUAUCUUCAGCCAUAUUCAGUUACUGCUCAGAAUGUGCCUCUCUUUAGCAAAGAAGCUACUGUUCCUGAGAGCUCCAGUUUUAUUGUUUCUUCCUGAAAUCCCAGCCCUCUGAGCCUCUGCCAAGGGCAGUGACUUGUUCUGGGAUGUCAGUGUAGUUUGUAAAUGACUGCAGGGUCCUUGGGCACUGGAAAGAAGAGAUCUCUGAUAUGUAAAAUGCAGCUCAGAGUGACAGUGUCCUGGCACAGACUGCACAGGGCUUUCUACAGCCAGAAUUUAGUUUGGGCUUCUUUAAUUA